UGGGAUAAUAUAGUGGAGUCUCUCAGACUAGAGUAAAAGCUAGUUGGUAUAUAUUGUUUUAGCGAAAUGGAGAAAGGUCAGAGGUUUCUCGGAGUUCAUUUUGAUGUGUGUGUGUGUGUGCGUGUGUGUGUACAUGGCCUUUGUGCUGCUCAGAUCAGAUUCAGUUCGCAAACGUCUCCUUGAAACCACCAACCUCACACCGUGAAACGACACACGAAACCCCUUCCCACGCCUGGGGGAUUGUCCGCAUGGCAGGUGUGUGCGCACAGGUGGGAGGACAAAUAAGAAGAAAGGGUAUGUGUCAGAGUCUAAAAGCAGAUAUUUGUUUUCAUAUUGACAAAGACCACUGAGCUUCCACUUACAGUAUACAGUAUGUUGCAUAUCCUAAAUAUAUGUAUGAGCCCGGGGUGCAGCAUGUGCGUAUGCACAGGAGGUAAACGUGUUGUUUUGGCUUUUAUUCAUUUGAGGAAAAUUUUCAUUUUUCGGAUUUUCACAUUUACAGCAGUUCACUUUGUCCCCUUCAGGUCCUACAGUAUAGGCUUAUUUCAUUGGUUGUUGUUAUUCGGUUGUCAAAAGCCUAUAGAGGACCACUGAUUCAGAGCAGUGUAGUGAAUCUGCAUGGCAAAGUGGGGCAUUUUGACACCCUGGCGAUAAUCAAACUCAUCCUAGAAAUAAUAAUAAUAAUAAUAAUAAUAAUAAUAAUAAAUACAUCAAAGAGGUGUGUGUGAAUGAAGAAAUGAAGUGAGGGAGAGUGUAAAGUGUGUGUUUAGCAUCGCUUUCCACUUGCACUCAGUAGUAAAUAGUGUGAAAAUCUCUGCUAACUCCAUUGCGGGGAAUUGCGUUCAUUGCGGGAAAUGAGUUCAUUAACGCGUUACUGCGCGCUUUCGAACGCAGACGGUGCGCGCGUGCUUCAGAGGCCGACAGUGUCCACUAGCUCCUCCCUCUUUGGACCUUGUGACAACAACAACUCAUCCCAGAGAGCGAGCUGCACUUUUCGGCUCAUUUUCUUCCUGUCUCUCUUUCUCGGGCUCUCUCUCUCUCUCUCUUCCAAUCUCCAAAUGGUCGUCCCGGCGUGCACAGCCUAAUUCAUCACAACACACGCUUUUUCUCGUGCCUUUUUUUUUUUUUGGUGGAACUUUUCUUGCUGGAGCGCGCGCUGCUGUGGAUUUCUCCUUCGAACCAACUCGCGCGUUACUUUUUUGUUUUUUUCUUUCUUUGGGGUUUUUUUUUUUUUUUUUUUUUUGUUUUUUGUUUUUUAAAAUUUUUGCCCACUUUUUGAACUUUAACGCGUGCUCGAGCUGACCAUGGCCGUGCCGGCUGCUUUGAUCCCCCCUUCCUCUCUGGUCCAGCCGUCUCCCAUCUCAUCCUCCUCCUCCUCCUCGGUGAACACUUCAUCACCGUCGGCUACUUCGUCUCCGUGUCCGUCGGUGGCUCCGGCCGCCGCGAACCCGUUCCGCUCGGAGCUGAGAACGGCGGCAGGAAGCCCGGUUAUGCCGAUCGCUGUCACUUCGACUCCGCUCGGCUCCAAGCCCGUGUACUCGACCCCGUCGCCCGUGGAGAACACCCCGCAGAAUAACGAGUGCAAGAUGGUAGAGCUGAGGGGCGCGCAGGUGGCCUCGUUUACCGUGGACGGACGGGAGCUCAUCUGCCUGCCGCAGGCCUUCGAUUUGUUCCUGAAGCACCUGGUCGGUGGGCUGCACACCGUCUACACCAAGCUGAAGCGGCUCGAGAUCACGCCCGUGGUGUGCAACGUGGAGCAGGUGCGCGUGCUGCGCGGCCUCGGUGCCAUCCAGCCCGGCGUGAACCGCUGCAAGCUCAUCUCCCGCAAAGACUUCGAGACGCUCUACAACGACUGCACCAAUGCCAGCUCAAGACCCGGGAGGCCUCCGAAGAGGACCCAGAGUGUUACAUCUCCAGAGAAUCCUCACAUAAUGCCUCACUCAGUGCCGGGCCUCAUGUCUCCGGGAAUGAUUCCCCCUACAGGCGACUCCCCUCCCGGACUGCCGGACACCUCGGCUGUUUGUUUACGGCUGAUGAGAUUCCUCCGUGGACACGAAGACCAUUCACGAGAGCUGCUAUUUAAAGGUCUGACAGCCGCCGCCGCCGCCGCAGCCGCCGCGACCAACGCCGCCAUCGCAGAGGCCAUGAAAGUGAAGAAGAUCAAGCUGGAGGUGAUGAGCAGUUACCACGCCAACAGCACACAGCACGGCGCCGACUGUGAGAACGGAGACCUCGGCUCCAGCGUGGGUUUGGAACUGCCAUUCAUGAUGAUGCCCCACCCCCUGAUCCCUGUCAGCCUGCCUCCUGCAUCAGUCACCAUGGCAAUGAGUCAGAUGAACCACCUCAGCACCAUCGCCAAUAUGGCCGCCGCAGCACAGGGACAGAGUGCCCCUUCCAGAAUGGUGACAUCAGUGAUUAAGGAGCGGGUGCCUGACAGUCCCUCCCCUGCUCCCUCUCUGGAAGAUGGCAGGAGGCCGGGAAGCCGGCCCUCGUCCCAGCGCAGCAGCAGCGUCUCCAGCUCACCCGCACACACCGAGAGCUCCUCCGACAGAAUGCCUAUUCAUCAGAAUGGGCUUGCCAUGAACCAGGCUCUGUUGGGCCUUUCUCCCAGCAUCCUUCCCGGCCCCAAGGAGGGUGACCUGGCCACUCACGACAUCGGUCACGAGGUCAAGAGAAUGCACUCUGAGAAAGAAGCCCCCAUGUGCACUCCAACAGCGAGGGACAGCUAUGAGAGGUUGUCGUUGGCAGGUCAGGCUUUACCGCCAGGGUUCCCAUCUCCUUUCCUGUUUCCUGACGGGCUGUCAUCAAUAGAGACCCUACUGACCAACAUUCAGGGCCUGCUGAAGGUGGCUAUUGAUAACGCUCGCGCUCAGGAGAAGCAAGUCCAACUGGAGAAAACCGAGCUGAAGAUGGAGCUGUUUAGGGAGAGGGAACUUCGAGAGACUUUGGAGAAGCAGCUGGCCAUGGAACAGAAGAACAGAGCAAUCAUUCAGAAGCGCUUGAAGAAGGAGAAGAAGGCUAAGAGGAAACUGCAGGAGGCUCUGGAGUAUGAGUGUAAGCGGCGGGAACAGGCAGAGCAGUCUCUCAAACAGAGCUCACCUACAGAGAGUCUCCGAUCCCUGAAUGACUCGUUGACCCAGGAGAUAGAGACUGACCGCAGCAGUGGCAGAACAGAUGCUGAAAGGACAAUACAAGAUGGAAGACUAUUUUUGAAAACUACCGUGAUGUACUGAUUGGACGAAGUGCAGGACUUGGGAAAUGUUUCAUAUGAAGAUUCAAGAGACAUCAUAUGAAGUGUGCCCUCUCCAAGGGGCUUUUUUUUUAAGUUACAUAAACAGGUCAAGACUGAUGACAGAGGCUCCAUGGAAGUGACUGAGUUUUAUCCCACAGCCGAAAAGGAGGGCCGUGGCAGAGCGUAGAAUUAGGGUUCUUCUUCUCCAGUAUCAACAAUAUAUCAUGACAGAUUAACGAUGGGGUUAAACAUGUCAGCUGUUCUGAAGGUGACAAUUUGAGCACAGUAAAAUGUACCGUGAGGUACACAUGGUGAUUAUAUUCACAAAAAGAAUCCACAGCACUGAAGAUUUUUAUACUUGUAUUUAAAACCAGCGAGAAAGCUUUGAAAAAGAAAUUCAGAUCCAGGGUUUUUUUUGUUUUUUUUUUUUUUCUUUCUUUCGUUUUUGUUUUGUAUUGAAAAAUGUUAAAAACCUUAAUGUCAUAUGUUAAAAUUCCUAGCUUGGAGAAGAAAAGAAAAGAAAAAAAGCCUCUGAAAAUGUGAAUUUGAAUAUAUGUUGAUCGGUAGUAACGACUAAUCUUUGCUUUAAAUGUUUUCUAAAUUAGAAAAAGAAGAAAAAAAAAAAAGAAAAAAGAAUACAAUCAAGUUUCAUUUUUAUCAUCGUUGUACAUACAAGAACUAGGUUAACCUGCUCACUUUGUUAUGUGUAUAUAAAGUCAAAACAAAAAAACAAAAAAGAAGGUAUUGUGUAUGCAGUAGAUCUAUUAGGAAAAACAAUACCACCAUUUAUAUUGAAUUUAUAGAUUUGUUUCUGAGCCAUUGUUCUUUCUGAUAGCUGCCAUUACGCUGAGGAAGCAUGCAGGCAUGUAAAUGUUUGUCCUGAAUUCCUGUUACUCAAUAAAUACUUAACUGUGCUGAACAAAUACACGUAUGUUUGGUGGUUCAUGCGUCUGAUCGAAAUAAAACCACAGCUGCAAACCUGUACAGUUCAGGUCAUAAGAUUACAUAUUUUACAGAUUCCGCAAGGGGUGUUAAUCCUUUAUUUCUUUCUUGAAAUAAGAGGGGGAAAUUUUACUUUUUGUUUUUGUUUUUUUCAAUUAGCACUGCCAUGAAUAAGCUAUUUCACAUGUUUACAUAUCAGUCCACAAGACACAAUCAUCAAAUUUUACACAAACGAACCCGUUCAAAAGUUUACACCGGGUCGAGUCUCAGUAGUGUGUCGGUACACUCUUAAAACAGAUGUGCCAUUUUUAACACACCUGCGUGUCUAGUUAAGGACGACACAUUUUGUGUUGUUUUCAACACAAUCAGUGUGUCAGUACGUGUGUUAGUACGUGCUGUGUCAGUACAUUUCCACACAAAGAUGUGUUAAAAAAAAAUAAAUAA